GGCUGGGUAGUCGAUCACCGAGAGUCGCCGGCGUUCAGCUAACAGAGCAGCUGGAGCGGCAGCAGCACACGGCAGCGGCUAACCUGUCCGGAAGAGGCCGCUGACAGGAGCACAGGCGGCGGCAGCACAGUUCGCUCGGGCUGCUCGGGAACCGGCGGGUGUUAUGGCCGACAGCGUGGACACCUUUCUCAGGGCGAAACAGCGCACCUUCAGCGGACUGACUGAAGAUGCAGAGCGAGAGUGGAAGGGACCAUUUUGCUUCAUUCAGGCCGCGGACCCCCAGCUUGGGCUGAUGAAGGCCUGGAAGGACGGUGACUGCGACGGCGGAGGGGACGAAUGGGCCGAGGAGGUGGAGCUCACCAAGCAGGCUGUGGAGGCCGUCAACCAGCUCAGACCUAGGCCGAGGUUUAUGGUGCUGUGUGGGGACUUGGUCCACGCCAUGCCAGACACGCCGUUCAGAGAAGGUCAGGAGAGAGACCUGAAGGUGGCCUUGAAGGGGACGGAUCCCUCCAUCCCUCUGGUGUUUGUCAGUGGGAACCACGACCUGGGCAACACACCCACCCCGAGUACGGUGGAGCAGUACUGCAGUGCAUGGGGGGACGACUAUUUCAGCUUCUGGGUGGGCGGCGUCCUCUGCCUGGUUCUGAACUCCCAGCUCUUCUACGAUGCCUCAGCCUGCCCUGAGCUGAAGGAGGCCCAGGAGAUGUGGCUGGAGGAGCAGCUGAGCAGAGCCUCCUCUUCAACGGAACCGAAACCCAAACACGUCCUGGUGUUCCAGCACAUUCCUCUGUAUCUAAAGAGCCCAGAGGAGGAGGACGACUACUUCAACCUGCAGAGGGCCGUCAGACAAAACCUGCUGGACAGGUUCAAGAAGGCAGGGGUGAAGGCGGUCUUCUCCGGCCAUUACCACCGGAACGCUGGAGGUUGCCACGGAGGCCUGGACAUGGUCGUGAGCUCGGCCAUCGGCUGCCAGCUCGGCGACGACACCCAUGGCAUCAGGGUGGUGGUGGUGACCGCAGACGGUAUCACCCAUCGCUACCACGGCCUGGAGCAGCUGAGUGCGGGAGGCAUGGACCAGGACCUCAGGAAGCUCCUUCAGGCCUGAUGAAGUAGCAUAAACCGGAACAGCUUGGCUUUGUUUCUUUUUUUAAUCAAUGGUUUUAUGUGGAUCUUACAGAUUUUAGGGGCAUACUACAGGGUUUUUGGAGAUUAGGGCGUUGGUCAACUCGUGUCAGCAGAUAAGAAAGCGAUUUGUAUAAAUGUUGAAUUUGACCAAUGGCCCAGUCUACAGAAAAUUUACAGAAAUGAUACAGAAUCUUAUGAUUAAAUGAAAUUGGGUUGACGUUCCCUCUACUGAAUGUGUUCCUUGGAUUAUCUCUCGGCAGAAUGGAUGUUAUUAUCCCUUCUCCCGCUGCCCUGACAGGGCCACACAGAGAUCAGCGAAUGUGUUCUGAGACUGUUGGCUCUUCCGUGGAGAGGCUCUACCUUUCUGCACAGUCCUCCUCGAUCUGAAGUAGCAUUGCGCCCUCCGACACCCUGUCUGCCUGCCCGUCUGCAGUGUAACAAGUUCAAGACAAUAUGCUCCGGUGUCGUCAGAUGUUGCCAGUGUAACUUUAAAUGUAUCCAACCUGUUCCAUCUUUAAAGGAGGAGUCCACCCUGAGAGUUUGAUCAGGGGCCUCAUUUAUAAAACAGUUCGUGGGAUCCAUAAUAAAAGUGUAAGUUGGCACAAAAGCCCAAAAUUAUAUAAAUCCAUGAACACCUAUAUAAAACCUAUAUGCAUUUUAACGAUCCCAUUCCAAACGGCAGGCAUUAUUAAAUUCAAAGACAGCUGUGAUAUCACCAAUCUAUUAAAAUUUAACAGGAUUGUUUUAUUCCCUCAAGGGGCUUUAAGGAGCACAGUAAAUAUUAUACUGUGUUACCUGUCAGCUAAGAGUGGUGAGUACUUGUGUUUUGGGAUGUUUCAGUUCCUUCCUUUUGGGUCGGUCUGUCUGAUACGGGACUCGGCUCAGCACAAAGAUCUGAUAUCACAGCUCUAUAGAAUCUAUUCGACUUGUUUCCUCUUAAUCCUUCCAUUCACGUAUAUACUCGGCGCCACUACAUCCAUCACGCAGCAUUACGCACGAGUGUCGGCGCAGUAUUUAUGUUCACAGCAAUCGGGCCAAUUACUUCACACAUCAGUGGGAUCCUAUCGUCCUCUCUCAUUUGGAAACGAAAGCGUAAAGGUAAACACUUUUCUUUCUUUUUUUUAAGCGGCCUCCAGUACGCUUUGUGCGCUUUGUGCAUUCUCUACGCCUGACAGCACAGUUAUGUUCACUGCAGUGAUUUUACACACACUGUAUGCAAACUAAAGUCGUCCCUAUUGAUACAGGCAAAGUGUUUAAAAACUACCAAUCGCUUUUUCUUUAUUUUUUUUCACAAAUGAAGGAUUUUAUGGAACAGUUGCAUGAGCACACAUGACACUGCCUGUUUGAUGUUUAUGAUAAAGUGGAUCUAUAAUCUGCUUUCAAUUCACCAAGUCGCCACUUUCCCGUCAGAGUUGGCGUUCAAGUGAGCACAUUCCUCGUCAACUUUUUUUGCGUGAGAAGUGGCGUGCGCACACAAUGGGGUCUGAAAGAUGUGCACAAAAUGGUUAUAAGUGAGGCCCCAGUAGAACUAGAGGAGGUUUGGACACACUCCGGCUUUUCAGUGUUGAACGAUUUUACCUCAAUGAUCCUGAAGUAUCCAGCUCCAAUCAUAUGUGGCUUCAACAGGGACACUGACUAUUGGCAUUGAAGAAUAACAUUGGUGAAACAUGUUUGGACUGAAACAUGUUUAGGCAGACAGAGUGUUGAUGUUCUGUUGAAAUGAGGCUCUGCAGGGAACAGCUGUGCAGUCAGGGAGCAGGAUCACCGCUGCAUCACUACAGGAAAGGAAAAACAGGGAUUUUAUUCACUAAAGGUUCCUCAGAAAAGUCUAAACGCCACUAUACCCCCUGACUCCGGGGACUGCCCACACUGUUGGAGUUUUAUUUACAGAACAUUGACACCGGUGUCUGAUGAAAGAGAAACAUGGGGGGGGAAAAAGAAACAGCUUGACAAUGAAAAACAGUGGCAAAACCUGUUUCAAUGCCAACGUUGUAUUUGUUGUCAAUGCCAAUAUUUAGUGUCACUGUUCUAACCCCCGUACGGUCAGUCUUUCUACUGUUUGCUGUUGCUGCAGUGCUCUGCCUGGUUGGCCAUCCUAUGCAAGCUAAUCGCACCACAAUAGUGUGUGGUGUGUUUGUGUGCGUGUGUGUGUAUUUUAAUGUUUAGCCAGGUACAUUGUUUGACUAAAAGAUGUGGCGCUGACUCCUGACCUCUGAUCCAACUGUGAGCUGUUCGUCUGUAGCUACUCACGCAGCCCUGAGUUCCAGUGUCUAGCCUUGAUAGUGCUGAUGCGACUCUUCAGGUUUUAGUUGGCUAGAGAUGUUAUUCUUAAGCAAUAUAAAAUGUGAAAAAAUUGACAAUGUUGUUUUUUUUUUUUACUGAUUUUCAAGUUACAAUCCUUAAGAUGUCACUCCUGGUUGAAGAAGAAAUACAUCUGUGGCAAUAUUUAUAAUUAAAAAACGCUUCAAAUGAUCGCUGUCUUAUUUUGUUGAUGCAUUUGUGCUAGAGCCUCUGUCGGUUUUAUCCUCCAUGACAAACACGUGACCUUUUCACAAUAAAAGCCACCCCGUGUUUUGCCUGUCAAUAUAUGUAUAUAAAGAUGCGUUUCCACUUCCUCUCACUAUCCAGAGAUGAGUCAGUGACGUCAUUUGGAGUCUGUGCAGUAGAGAUUGUAGGAUGGAGCAGCGGUGUCGAGGUCCCACUGAUAAACGCACCGGACUAAUAAUAAAGUCUCAGCUGUCAAUCGUGACAUUUCAAAUAAUUAAAACCAAAAUUGAAUCAGAAAAAUUUACAUUUGAACAAACAUCAGUGUGAUAAGAAGUACCCAAAAUAAGAGAAACCGUCUUUGAGAAAAAUGUAUUUGACAUUUACUUUUUAAUUUGGCCCAUGUCCCAUUCACUCAGAUAAAAGGAAAGCAGCGUUUUAUGACUUUAUACUGCAGCCAGCCACUAGGGGACACACUUGAGCGUGAGGAAGUAGCAGUAGGAAAUGUUUACGCUGAUUUGAAAGAUGAAUUUACAAGCAAAUUUUCUUCGUGUGCGUGUGACGCCAUUUUAAAGUGAGCUGACUAUCAAGGAAAACAAAUUAAUCAUAGAAUUAAAACACACUGAUUGGCUGUUGUAUGGAAAUUUAGAUCAUAAAUAAUAAACAUUUCAAGGAUUUUAACUUAAAUGUAAUUUUCCGCUUGUUGGACAGAGCUUAUGUGAAGUGAAAUGAAGGAUCACAGCUCGACAGUACCGACCUUCACAGAUGUCUGCCUCGCCCAGAUGACCUGCUCACUGAACACGCUCCCGGUGUUCUUCUCUGGUAUUUGACGGAUCGCUAAUGUAAAACUUUAUCGCCGCCCUAAUGUCCUGGCAUCUUUGUUUGAGUCGUUUGUGUGUUCUCGUCUGGACAGAGGCAUUUCGUAAAGCAAUAUUCAUGAGGACGGAAUUUUAUUUUUAAAAAAGGGGAAAAAAUCUCUUCAAAAAAAAUCUCUUCGCAGUAGAGUAGACGAGGCCUGAAUCUCAAGGAUUGUAACUUUCACGUCUUUGUUUUGAAAGUGUCUCAUGUCAAACCUCAGUUCAAUUCUGUUUACUCCAUCACCAGUAUAUUUCUCUGUAGUGUUGCCACAUCCAUUCGGUUUCUCUCAGCUACUUGUUUAUGAAGGCGUGGAUCAAACCGACAGCGGGUUUCCCUCAACGUUAUGAAAGUGUUUCAUAAUGGUUCCAAUCAGUGUUUUUUAUGAUGCGACGCUUCACAUUUAAAUCACACUUAUGCGUUUUAUGUGCACACGAUUAGGAUCCUGACACACACUGUCAAACUGAAGGGCUGGUGUCCGGCUGAUACAAUGUGAUCUGCUGUGGAGAGCUCAGUAUUUCCUGACUGUUGAGUCAGAGCUCACACAGCCGAACUCCCGGUCCUGAAAUUGUCUUUUUACAAUUUCUGCAACAAAAUGACUUUCCUCUGUGAGUCCUAAAUGACUCUACUCCAUUACACUUUCCACACACACACACACACUCUCACACUCGCCCUGACCGACUGGGAAUGUAAGAGAGUUGUCAUGGCAACCCUUUAGCAACACAUCUGUGUGUGUGUGUGUGUGUGUGUCUCGGAGAGAUGCUGCAAGUGUCGGGGAGAAAGUGUGUGAGUCUGCGUGUGUGCUCACGUCCGUCCGUGAUAUGGUGGCUACCGUAGGUGAUUUUCCAUCAGCGACGCAAUCGCUGACCUCAUUUCCCACUGACAGAUUCUGUCCAUUUUCCAAAAAGUCAGCAUGUGAUGAAGGGAGGGGGUGGGGGCGUCUGAGAGGAAUGGAUAAUGAGUGUGAUGUGUGAAAGACGACUCAGUCCAUCUCCUUCAUUUCCUGUCUGAGAAGGAACCUUAUGUCCUCAUCUAUUUUUAUAUCCCCACAGUGGCCGAGCUCAGUCACAUUGUUUUUCAUCUGUGUGUGCUUUUGUUUUAGUCCAUAUCUCACACGCUCUUGACCUUUUCCUACGUUGAAUUGUAAUGAAUGACCAUACCGAACACCAUGACUGUGACACCUCUGGCUGUAUUUUUAUAAUAAAUGUUGAUUUUAUCUAAUGA